AUGGCGGCGGUCGAUGUCGACGUCGGCUACAUCGCGGGCCACCUGGGCCUUGACCAGCCUGUGGUGGCUACUCUGACGACGCAGCCCACCGUUGAUCUAGUUACUACGCUGCUGCAGGCCGUAGCUGCCAAGGCACACGACUUCGAGACGCUGUACGCCGAGAAGCUCCAAACCGACAUUGAACUGGAGAAUGCAGUUCGAAACUCCGAGACCAAGUCCCAGACCUUCAAGGCCACCGCCGAAAAGGCUCUCAAGGAUGUCGAAGAAGCCCGACAGCGCCUCAAGGAGGAGGAAACGAAACGACAGUCCUUGGAGAACGAACUUCAAAGUCUGAAAGCAAAGUACUCCGAUCACGAUGCCGAAGUCAAGGCGCUCAACGACAAGAUCGAGACCCUCCAGUCCUCCAACCGAACAAACCUCAGCAUCAUCGAAUCCAAUAACAAGCGCGACCAGACCUUGACCGAGGAACUCACCAAGCAGCACCAGCGAAAUGUUGAGCUCGCCCGAGAAGUAACGACUCUUCAGCAGUCGGAGCAAAAUGCCAAGGGUCAGCUCAACAGUGCCAAGUACCGACAGGACGCACUCCAGCAGCAACUUGAUUUGGCACGUCAGAAUGCCGAAUGGCUCGAGACGGAGCUGAAAACCAAGAGCGACGAGGCCCUCAAGUACCGCAAGGAAAAGGGCUCCAGGAUUGCCGAGCUCCAGAGACAAAACGAAGACACCAAGGCCCAGAUUGACGCUUUUAAGCGCUCUGAGCAGCAGCUCCGCGAGCGACUCGAUGCUAUGCAGGCCAGGGCUGACGAUGCUCUUGUCAAGUUGCAAAAGCAGGAGGGCUCUUUUGCGGCCACUGUCGAGAGCUACAAGCAAGAGCUGGACGACCAACGACGCCUUGUUGAAAUGUCCGAGCAGCUGAGCAAGAAACACCAGGACCGUGUGCGAGAGUUGGAGUCUGAGAAGGAGCGCCUCAAAGAUAAUUACGAAAACGAACUUCGCCGUGUUCGCUUGGAGCUGGAAUCGGAACGCCGUGUUACCGCCGAGAUGGAGGAGCGAAUUCGACAACUUGAGAGCGACCUGGAUGCGGCCCACGUCCGCAUGGAGCACGCUGCCCCCCCGUCAUCGUUACCGCAGACCCCUCUACUGAAUGGCUCAACCGUGGCCCGGGCCAACUCUCCCUUUGGAACCCCUGGCUCUGGACGAAACAAGUCGACCAUCACUGCUACCCAAGCGAUCGAGCAGCUUUACCAGGUCAAGGGUCAGCUCGCCGGCGAGAAACGGCGAAACCAGCAGCUCGCCGAAGAGCUCGAUGGCAUGAUUGCUGCGUUGGAAGCCAAAACACCAGAAAUCCAGGAGCUUCAGUCCGAAGCCGAGACGCUUCGAAACGAGAUUGCACACAUGUCUGAGCUGUCACAGCAGAGUUUCGAAGAGCGAGAUGCGGCGAGAAAGGCGGCCAGGAAGGCAGAAAGCACGCUUGCUACUGCACAGUCCGAGAGCAAGAUUCUACGUACUCAGCUGAGAGAUUUGGGCACACAGAUCCAGAUGCUCGUCUUCAACAUCUAUGCUUUGGAAAGAGGCAUGGAUCAGCUGACUGAGGAGGAAAAGUACCGCCUACAGCAGCUUGAAAAGGGAGAGAUCACCGAGGAGGCCCUGUCCGACAUGUCGGAUACUCACCAGUUCAUUACCCAGAAAUUGGUGGUUUUCAAGGACAUCAAGUCUCUACAGGCCAAGAACGAGGACCUCCUGCGCAUCACCCGCGAGCUCGCUGAGCAGAUGGAAAGCGAAGAGGCCUUGGCCGCCAAGCAUCAGGCUAAGGAGGACCACGACUUGGUUGAGAGGCUGCAGCAAGACCUCACCCAUAUGAUGGAAGAGAUCAAGUCUGCCAAAAUCACCAUGGAAAGCUACAAGAUGGAGCGUGAUAUGUUCCGACGCCUUCUUCAGCAACGUGGUGCCGGCGACGACCCUUCCCACAUGCGCCAUUCUAUUGGUGGCCAGAUGCCAAUCGGCAGCAUUGAGACUGGAGAGCAGACCGAGACUCUGACGGAAGCCCUGCGUAAGAUUCAGGCAGAGUACGACAGCUUCCGAGACGCUCAAGAUGGUGUACGCAAGGACUUUAGAGAUCAAAUCGAUCAUCUCUCAUCGGAGAAGAACGCACUCCAGACUGCCAACAUCAGGCUACAGGGCGAGGCUAGGCUGGAGUUUGAACGACGGGAGAUGCUCCAGAGCAACUACGUCGCCCUUCAGAAUGAGAACUCUGAACUCCAAAAGAGGACCCAGAUUCUUUCCGAGACCGCCGCCAAGCAGGAUAUUAGGGUCCAGCAAGUGGCGGAAGAACUUAUCGAAGUCAAGGGUCUCCUGGACAGCAUGCGAAACGAGACUGCCAAUCUCAAGGCGGAGAAGAAGCUUUGGAAGGACAUUCAAGAGCGCAUGAGCAAGGACAAUGACUCCUUGAUUGAGGAGAAGAAUAGGCUGGGCAACCUCCUGACGGCCCAGCAAUCCCUGGAAAACGAACGCAACAUUACCGAAUCCGAGGCUCGUCGCAAAGCUCAAACCAAGAUUGAAACGUUGGAGCUUGAGCUGAGCACUGCGCAGAAGAAGCUAUCCCAAGCCGUAGAGGACUCUCAGCACCUGCAACAGAGGAAGGAAUACGAGGCAAAGGAAUCCCAGAAGCGGAUUGAUGAUCUCAUGGCCAGCCUGAGCCAACUCCGAGAGGAGCACGUCAGCAUCAAAACGUCCCGUGAUCAUCUCCAAGCUCGCGUUGAUGAGUUGACUGUAGAGCUCCGAAGUGCCGAAGAGCGCGCUGGCCGCCUACAGCCUCGUCCUACGCCUCGACCGGGCCUCAUGACAGACAGCAACGUGCGCCAGCAAGAGCUUGAAGCUGAGAUUCAGGAUCUCAACAAUGAUAUUUCGGACCUCAAGCGCGACCUCGACAUGGCCAACACGCAGUUGGAAAACGCAAAGGCUCAGGCCGAGCAGUACAAGGAGCUGAGUCAGGGCAACGAGGAGGCUUUGGAGGACUUGCGAGCCUCGCAAGACGAGUACCGGCAGGAGAUGGAGAAUCUCAUUCAGCAAAAGGAUGCGAGGAUCAAGGAGCUGGGUCAGCAGAUUGAAGAUUUGUCCGCUGAACUGUCACGAUCCAACACCGAACUGUCCACCAUUCGGGACUCCCAAGGAGAGAUUGCGCGCAAGUACGAAGAUGAGAAGACUAUACUGGAGGAGGAGAUCAAGCGGCUCAAGGAAGAAAGCAGUCGACACAUUGAAGCUGCCCGAUAUCAUCAGCAAGAUCUUCGUGCUCAGGCUGAGAUCGCCUCGAAGGCCCAGCAGGACUACGAGAAGGAGCUUGUUAAGCAUGCUGAAGCUGCCAAGCUGGUUCAGGAGUUGCGCAACGAGUAUAACGAGUACAAGCGCGAGUCUGCAUCACUGCGCGCGGAAGCAGAAUCUGCCAAGGUCACGCUCGCGCAAAGCGAGAGCUCCUGGGAAGACCGAAGACUGCAGCUGGAGCAGGAGAUGGCCGAGCUCAAACAAAGGCGCGAGGAUGCCAACGCGCAGAACAAGCUUCUGCAUCAGCAACUCGAAAGCUUGACCGGCCAGAUUGCAGCCAUGCAGCAAAACCGCAGCAACAUUGCUGAUGCGGAUGAGGCCAUGUCGCCCGUUGGCAUGGGCGAUGCCAUCGAGGGCAUGCGAGAGUUGAAUGGGUACCUGCGUCGCGAAAAGGAGAUUCUCGAAGUCCAGUACGAUAUGAAGACCAACGAAUCGAAGCGCCUGCAGCAACAAGUCGAGUAUCUGCAGUCACAGCUGGAUGAGACUCGUCUGAAGCUCGACCAAGAGCGCCAGGCUUCGCAAAGCGGCAACACUUCCAUGGCUCACAAGGAUCUGAUGGAGAAACUACACGAGCUUAACCUCUACCGCGAGAGCAGCAUGGCUCUUCGGACGGAGAAUAGCCAACUCAAGGAUCAGAUCAGCGAGAAGAACAAGAAGGUCGACGAGAUGACGCAGAAGAUUCAGCCUCUCGAGAGCGAGAUUGACAACCUAAACACUCAAAAGUCGUUCUUGGAAGAGGAGAUUAAGCAAAUCCAGGAGGAUCGCGAUCGCUGGCAGAAGAGGACCGAGGGCAUCCUGACCAAGUAUGGUCGUGUUGACCCGGCCGAGAUGGAGCAGCUGAAACAGACCAUUGCCGACCUCGAAAAGGAGCGGGAUGCUCUCAAGGAGGGCGAACAGCCGCUGCAGGCCAAGGUCGCCGAGCUUGAAUCGACCCUUGAAACUGAACGGACCAAUUGGUCAAAUACUCGAGCUAAGCUUACGGAGCAGUUCAAGGAGCGAUCCCGGAAGAUUAGUGGUGAAAAGAAUGAGGCCAGCCAGCGAGCCAACACCCUACAAGAGCAGCUUGACAAGGCCAAUGGCGUCCUUUCUGCUACACAGAAGCAAGCGGAGCAGUUCAAUGAGGAGAGGGCGGAAUUGCUGAAGCAAAUCCAUGCAUUCCAGCAGCAGGUCGAGGAGCUGCGCCGACAAGGACAACAAACACAGCCCUUGGCCGCACAGCCAGUCUCUCAGCAGCCACAACCUGAUGCCUCUGCAUCCUCAGAAGUUGUUACUGUGCUAGAGCAGCGUCUCGCCGAUGCCCAAAAGGAGCUGGAGGCAGUCAAUGCCCAGAAACUAGGAGCACAGCAGCAGCUCGAAAGACUACGAGGCGAGCUACAGACAGCUACCUCGGAGCGCGACAGCGCGUUGCUGAAGCUGCAAGAAGCCAACGCUGCAGCGCCAUCCAAUUCUACCGAGGCUGUGCCUACCGCUGUGCCGGAGGCAGGAGAGGGUCAAGCAGCCACGAAUGGCUUGUCAGAUGCCGAGAGGAAACAAUUAGAAAGCAAGCUUGCUGCCGCCGAAGCAAAGGCUGCCGAAUUCGAGCACAAGGCCAACGAAGUUGAAGCCAAGAUCCAGCAAACGAUUAAGGAGCGAUCGGACAGGAUGAAGGACACGCUGAACAAUAAACUCAAGGAGAGCCGUGCCAAGUUGGAGGAAGAGUUCAAGAGGAAAGACGACGACCUCAAGCUCCGGUUCGAGCAAGAGAAACUAAUCUGGCAGAUGGAGAACCCCUCUAAAUCAGCGCCUGCAAAGGAAACCUCGGCUGCCGAGCAGCAACCGCCAAACACGCCAGCCAAGGUUGAAGCACCCUCAGUACCACCAACUCCAGCUCCAAGCGGGCCACCUGAUCUCUCGCGAUUAGACGAUUCCUCCAUUCGUCAGUUCCUGGCUUCCAACGCCACCGUCAAGAAUAUCAUAGCCGCCAACAUUCGCAAGAAGUUGGAUACGGAGAGCGCCAAGAUCAAGUCUGAGUAUGAAGGCAAAAUCACAGCCGCGCGCGACCAAGCUCAACUCAUGGAGUCCAAGAAGUCCACCCUCCGGAUCAACAUGGCGGAGAACAAGCUUAGACAUGCGACCGCGAAACUUGGCGUAGUUGAGACAGCCGCGAACGAGACGCCACAGAAGCCGGUAGUAGAAGUCUGGGAGGUUGCCAAAGUGACCCAGGCUCCUCCUCCGGCGCCGGCGGCAGCCAAACCCCCGGCUCCAACCCCAGCUACGACUACGCCAGUAAGGCAACCGUCCAUCUCUGGCGGCGCCCCUGCUUCAACUGCCGUCCCUCCUGGUGCGGCUGCUCAGCCUGCCCCCGGCGGUCCGAGACCUGCACUGGCACCUUUGGUAGCGACAACUCCUUCACAAGCCGCUACCCAACCUCCUCCAGAGCCCAAGGCCGCAGACUCGGCUGCACCCGCGGGCGGCAACAUCCAGCCCCCCCAGGCUUCAAAUCCGUUCGCGGUGCCUACGACGGGCGGCUCUGCUGCUCCCAACCCCUUUGUGCAGACGGACGCUGCCGCUGCCCCUGCGGCCCAACCAGCCCAGCCUCAACCAGGCUUGCCACAAGCACAACAACCAACUCAAGCACCACAACCGUUACAGCUGCCUCAAAUCCCACCUCAACCCCAGCAGCAGGGACAGAUGCCAGUGCGGUCUGGCAUCCCGAUGCCUCGCGGCGGCGGGCGUGGACGAGGAGGGGCAUACGUGCCUCCUGGCCGAGGGGGGCCGGCCGGUAACGAAGCUGGACAGGGCCAUGCUGGCCGUGGCGGACGCGGAGGUGCACGAGGAGGUCGCGGUGGCAUGAAUGCGGCCGCAUCUGAGUUCCAGCCGGGAGCGAAGCGACCCAGAGGCGAUUCAGAAGCCGCCGGUGCUGGAGCAAAGAGAGCAAGAGGAGCCCACUAA